AAAGAAGGAGGAAAGAGGAAAAAGAUGAAAGGAAGAGAAAGGAAGAGAUGAAGAAUUAAGAAGGAGAGAGAAAGAAAUAAGGAAUGAAGGAGAAAAGAGGAGAGGGAAACAGGAAUGUAUGCAACGAAGAAGCAAGGAAGGAAGAAUAAAAUAAUGAAGAAAUGAAAGAGAAGGGAAGAUGGGGAAAAGGACUGUAUGCAAAUGAAAAAGCAAGGAAGGAGGAAAGACAGAUGGAAGGAAUCAAUUGGAAAAAAGGAAGGAAGAGAUGAUAGAGGAGAUUACCAGGAUGCACUGAUGUUAUGUCUAUGUGCUGAAUGAAGCUGAGAAUUUCUGCUUCCUUGUUACUCAGGGACGCUGUGCCGGGCUUGAUGUAAAGUGGUGAGGAAGGGGAAAGAGCUGUUGCCAGAGGGCAUAUUCUUACCGCAUGGCGAACGUGGUGUAGUCGUGUACAAACCACGUUGGUAUGAGUAGAAAGAAGAGUCAAAAAUGGAGAAAGGGAAGAGGAGGAAAGGGCUGGGAAGAGAGGAGAAGUACAAAGAGGAGAAAGGAGAGAAGGAAGAAACAACAGAGAAGGAAAAGCAAAGCAGAACAAAGCAAGCAAUAGAAAGAACUAAGAUAAAAUAAUAAAUUAAAAUUGCAUGAUAAAUGCAUGAUAAACUAGCAUGCACAUCUUCUAUCACUGUACACGGAAAGAUGGUGAGAGGAAGAAAUGAAGAAAGACGGAGAAAGACAGGAAGAAAGAAGCAAUGAUGGAAGGAGGGAAGGAAGGAAGAUGACAAAGAAGAGAAAAAAAGGAAGAGACCAUAGAGGAGAGUACCAGGGUGCACCAACUCUUGUUUGCAGAAGGAAGACUCAGAAAAUGAAAGCAAAAAGGCAAGGAAGGAAUCUGUGAAAAUUAAAAGGAAGGAAAUAGGGAAGAAAAAGAAUAGGAAGGAAGGAAGGAAGGACGGAAGGAAGGAAGGAAGGAAGGAAGGAAGGAAGGAAGGAAGGAAGGAAGCGAUGAUAGAUUACCAGCACGCACGGACCUUAGCUCUAAGCCGCUGAACAGACCUGGUCCCGACAGCCGCCCCCUUGGUUAGAGUACGUCGCUCUGGAGGUGAUGCCCCGUAAUUAUCGGUGAUGGCUCUGUCUUUGCCGGCCUCCGCCGCGGCGCCGGAGGCGACUGGUGAGCUGCGAGCGGGUGUAAAGAAGAGAGAAGGAUGGCAAGAGAAGGGAAAGGUGAGAAAAGAUUAGGGCACGGCAGGGCAAGAACGAAAAGGAGAAUCAAGAGAGGAAAGAGAAGUAGAAGUGUUGUGAAAGUGACAGAGAAAUAACGAGAAAAACGAAGAAUGAUAACUGGAGGGAAAAAGAAGUUGAAAAUAAGAAUGAGAAAGGAAGAAGGGACAAAAAUAAUCCACACAACGAAGAAGCAAGUCAGCAUGGAAAAAGGGAUAAUGAGAGAAAGAAAGAGAGAAAGAAAACAGCGAGAAGAAAAGUCAAGAGGAAGGAAGACCAGCCGGCAGCGGAGGUGCCGAGCGCGGGUGCGGAGGCGCGGGCGAGCGUGGGGAGCGUGUGAGGCGGCGGAGCAGCACACGGUGUCGCUGCAGGCUCAGAAACGGCGGCGGAGCGGCGAGGCGGCUCCGCCCCGGUGCGGCGGAGAGCCCGGCUGUGAGCGCGGGGGGGCGGCGCGGGGCGGGCAGAAGAGCCGGCGCGUCCGUGCGGCGGCGGGGAGCCGUGCGGGGCCCGGGCGGGUGGAGGCAGCGGCGGCGGCGGCGAUGGGCGUGUGGUGGGGGCCCGCGGUGCGUGUGCUGGUGCUGCAGGCGGCCUGGGCGCUGGUCGGCGGGCAGGUGCGCUACUCGGUGCCGGAGGAAGCCGAGGCCGGGACGGUGGUGGGGCGCCUGGCGCAGGACCUGGGCCUGGAGGCGGUGGAUCCGGAGGCGCGGCGGCUGCGGCUGGUGGCGCAGGGCCGGCGGGCGAGCGUGGAGGUGAGCGGGGCGAGCGGGGCGCUGGUGGUGAGCUCGCGGCUGGACCGGGAGGAGCUGUGCGGGAAGAGCGCGCCGUGCGCCCUGCGCCUGGAGGUGCUGGUGGAGCGGCCGCUGCGCGUCUUCCACGUGGAGCUGGAGGUGACCGACAUCAACGACAACGCCCCGCUCUUCCCCGCCGCCCGGAAAAAUCUGAAUUUAUCAGAGAACUCCCCUCCCGGGUCUCGGUUCCCGCUGGAGGGCGCGUCGGAUGCAGAUAUCGGAGCCAACGCGCAGCUCUCCUACACACUCAGCCCCAGCGAGCACUUUAUCCUCGAUGUUAAAUCUGCUGAUGUAAAGAGGAAUUCUGUGUUUCUGGUGCUCGCGAAACCGCUGGACCGGGAGACGGUGGCUGUGCACCGACUGGUGGUGACGGCGAGUGACGGGGGCCGGCCGCCGCUGACGGGCACGAUGGAGGUGGUGAUCUCUGUGCUGGACGCGAACGACAACGCGCCCCAGUUCAACCAGUCGGUGUAUAAAGUGCAGCUGCUGGAAAGCGCUGCAGAGGGGACGCUGGUGGCUCGGGUGAACGCCACGGAUCCGGACGUGGGAAGCAAUGCGGACGUGAUGUUCUCUGCCAGCAAUAUAUUUCCUCCAGGGCGCUUAAACCUUUUCAGUUUAAAUCCGAGGACAGGCGAGAUCCGGCUCACGGGCGCCCUGGACUAUGAAGACGUCCGUUCAUACGAGAUACAAAUCGAAGCGACAGAUAAGGGGACGCCCCCGCUGUCGGGUCACUGUAGCGUGGAGCUGGAGUUACUGGACGUGAACGACAACGCGCCGGAGGUGUGGGUGACGUCGCUGUCGGUGCCGGUGCCGGAGGACGCGGCGGUGGGGACGGUGGUGGCGCUGCUGAGCGUGUCGGACCGGGACUCGGGGGCGAACGGUCGGGUGCGCUGCGCGGCGUGGCCGCCGUCGCCGUUCGGGCUGGUGUCGACGUUCGCGGGCUCGUACUCGCUGGUGCUGCGGGAGUCGCUGGACCGGGAGCGGGUGGCGGAGUACGAGGUGGAGGUGCGGGCGGAGGACGGCGGGGCGCCGCCGCUGCGCGCCAGCCGCGCGGUGCGGGUGCCGGUGUCGGACGUGAACGACAACGCGCCGGCGUUCGCGCAGGCCGUGUACACGGUGCUGGCGCGGGAGAACAACGCGGCGGGCGCGGAGCUGGCGCGGCUGUGGGCGCGGGACCCGGACGAGGCGGGCAACGGGCGCGUGAGCUACUCGGUGGCGGAGGGCGGCGGCGGGGGCGCGGCGGCGGUGGUCGGGGGGUGGCGCCCGGCGUCGAGCUACGUGUCGGUGGACGCGGAGAGCGGGCGGCUGUGGGCGCUGCAGCCGUUGGACUACGAGGAGGUGCAGGUGCUGCAGUUCGAGGUGCGGGCGGUGGACGCGGGGGAGCCGCCGCUGUGCGGCAACGCCACGGUGCAGGUCUUCGUGGUGGACGAGAACGACAACGCGCCGGCGCUGCUGCCGGCGGCGGGCGGCGGGCCGUGGGCCGGUGCGUCGGGCUCGGCGGCGGCGUCGGGGCCGGGCUCGGGGGCGUUGUGGGCGUGGGCGGCGUGGGGGGCGCCGGCGGGGCAGGUGGUGGCGAAGAUCCGCGCGGUGGACGCGGACUCGGGCUACAACGCGUGGCUGCGCUACGAGCUGUGGGAGCCGCGGGAGAAGGGCCCGUUCCGCGUGGGGCUGUACAGCGGCGAGGUGAGCACGGCGCGGGCGCUGGAGGAGGCGGACGGCCCGCGGCAGAGGCUGGUGAUCGUGGUGCGGGACCACGGGGAGCCGGCGCGCUCGGCCACGGCCACGCUGAGCGUGUCGCUGGUGGAGGGCGCCGAGGCGGCGCUGGCGGCCGCGGGCUCGUCCUCGUCCUCCUCGUCGUCCCCGUCCUCGUCGGGGGCGGGGCUGCGGCCGGCGGCGGGCGCGGAGGGCGGCGCGGCGGCGGCGGCGGCGGCGGCGGCGACGACGAACGUGUGGCUGGUGGUGGCCAUCUGCGCGGUGUCGAGCCUGUUCCUGCUGGCGGUGGUGCUGUACGGGGCGUCGCGGUGGGCGCCGCGGGCGGCCGUGCUGUCGGGGCCCGGGCCGGCGACGCUGGUGUGCGCCAGCGAAGUGGGGAGCUGGUCGUACUCGCAGCGCCAGAGCCGGAGCCUGUGCGUGGCGGACGGCGCGGGCAAGAGCGACCUGAUGGUUUUCAGCCCCAACUUCCCGCCGCCGCCCGGUCCCGCGGCGAAGGAGACGCAGCCGGAGCCGCCCGCUCUCCUGGACACGGUCAGUGGCCCUCCCUUUCUCGCCUCUCGCCCCUUCCCCCUUUUUGCUAGUCUCGCCCGAGUCGCCCUUCUCGCCCGCCGCCUGGGCAGGCGGUGGUGGGAGCCGGGCUCAGCCCCGGGGCCUGCGGGCGGUGGGUGCUGGUCGGGUGCUUAGGGCUGUUAACGGGACCUUUGCACCUGCCUUCACGUCCUUGGCGGGGCCCCUCUGCUAUUGCUUUGCGGGGAAAAGGAAAGGCAUUUCCCCGCCCAGCAGCAGUUACCUGUUUACUGUUCUGGGUGGGAGUUGUUCUCCCGUGGAAUGCAGUCAC